AUGUCUUUCACACCUCCAAAAUCAUUAAGCAAAACCUCAUAUAUAUAAAGAGUACCAUUUGCAGAUAAAUUUUAAAAAACAUUCAGUGAUGCUGAAAUGUAAUGUGUACAAAGAAAGUUAGAUUUUGGUGAUAUGGAUUUACAAUAAAAAAAGUCUAUUAAUACUUUUAGAAUACAUAAAAUCCAUAAAUCAACCAUUGGAAAACUAAGAUGA